AUCUUUCAGCUAUUACACAGACUUAAUAAAGUUCAUAUAACCAUGUCAGAUGAGUCAAAAAGACAUAUCAUGAGGGACUUGUCCAACCAUUCAGAUGAGAUGAUAAAAGAACAAAUCGCUAAGGGCAAUGAUGGCAAAUUGAAUGGGGAUAACCUAGAUAUAUACGUCACAACAAAUGAUAUUAGAAUGGAAAACAAGAACAAAGAUUACCACUUUUUUGCGUCAGAUAUCACCUUUGAUCGAGUAAAGGUUAGCCAUCUAAGUAAUUCAACACCAAUAGGCAAUACUGAUACAGUCGCUUUAAAGGAAAUGAUACCUUCAUUGGAAGAAGAUGCCUUAUACAAAAAUGCACUGAAAGUGAUACUGAGUCGAAUUAUAGUUAACUACUGUGAAAGCUUCAAUUGGAUGAAACCUAUUAUUCCCAAGCACAUUCAACAUCCUCUUCAAGAAGUAAUGAGCCAAAAAUCAUCAAUCCAUUGGUUGCCAAUCAUGCUAAAGAAUGAAGCCAAGUAUGCUGACUGUGUUCAGAUAAUGGCUUCAUAUGAAGACCAUCUGUCAACUUGGUACAGAAAGGCAGGAAGAGGUGGAGACCUUGACAACUUACAAGUUCCAGUAGGUGGGGACCAAUUGACCAGGGUUAGACUCCAAGGAGCGAAAUCCUUAAGAGCUGGAGCAUUCACUGCAGAAGACAGAUUGGAGCAUCUAACCCCAAUUGUUGUGGAAAUGUUUCACACAUUGCAAGACUUUUUAGAGAAAAUGUAUAAGAGAUUCUUUAAGACUGACAGUGGUAGAGACAAGGGGACUCUAUAUAGUCUGAAACUUCUAAUUCAGAGAAGCAAUGUCAAUGGAAAGGUCAAAAGUCGUUUUGAGGCACACGAAGAUUUUGCCUUAACUGUCGGCUGUGCAUAUUUCUUGAACUUCAUUAUGCAGCACUUUAAAAUGAAAGAUCUGGCUGAUACACCAUCACACCCAAAAAUGCAGAAGAACAUCAAAAUGAUGCAUAACAAUCACAAGAAGGAACUUUGGUCAAUACUUAUGAAUGAUAUUGUAGAUGAACUUGUAGAAACAUUUCCAAAAAAGGCUACACCAGUGAAACUUCAAGUGGAAAUUUAUGGACAAGUAUUUUUUGUACAAAGCCAACAACAAGGAAACAUGCUUGCCUUUGAACUAUUUAUAGGAGAGAGAAAAUAUAUCAUUAACAUAACCCAUGAACAAGCAGCUGCUGGUGCAAAACUCUCCUUAAAUGACUUAAACAACACUAGCAUUAUUAUAUCCGUUAUCAAAGACGAGAGAGAUGACUUAUACAACUAUGUUAACCAGUUUAUGCAGUGGUAUUUCAUUAUUCUAAGCUUUAAAGAUACAAUUUCUGAAGGAGAUAUUUAUAGAAAUAACAUUAAUCUGAAGUUUUGUAUACCUUUCUUCUUCAGCCAUUCAAAUUUAUCGAAGUACAUGACCGAAUGUAUCGAUUACAUUUUGAAGACAGAGAUCAUGCUGUCAGAAAAAAUGGCAUUAAAAGUUAGAGCUGGUUCAUUUGUCAAUAUAACUGGCAGAAAAGGGGAAAACAAAGCAGCUGAUUUGCAAAAAGAAAACCAAGUGAUGGUACUGAAAGACUUGAUUAGGGGUUUAGGGUCAAACAAAACAGAAAAUUCCAUUAUAACAAUAUCAAAAGCAGCACCUGUUGUAAAACAAAUUUGUGAAAAUGUGGAUACUAUGCUAGGUGUGAUUGAUAAAAAAACUAGGCAUAAAAAAAGAUCUUUUGAAGACGACGUUAAGGAAAUAAUCAAAGAACUUGAACCCUUGAAACCGUGGGUAAAGCAAACAGGUCGUCAGUUGUUCAGUUUCAAAGAAAUAAAGAAAUCAUCAUUUUCGUUUGAUCGAUCUGAUUUUGAAACCAGCGUGAUGAGAACAAUUAAUCGACUUAAAAGAGACCUUCCACCACUACACAAUGAAGGAGAUGAAGAUGAAGACAAAGAUGAAGAUGAAGAUGAAGAUGAAGAAGAUAGUGAUGAGCAAUAA